AUGGACCCCCUGCGGCAGCCCCCUUCCCCCUGCACCUCCCGGCCCUCCAGCCCCAGGACCCCACCGUGCGACAUGUUAGGUCUCGUGGGCAUUGAGGCUGUGCUGGACCAGCUGAAGAUCAAGGCCAUGAAGAUGGGGUUUGAGUUCAACAUCAUGGUGGUGGGGCAGAGCGGGCUGGGCAAGUCCACCAUGGUGAACACGCUGUUCAGGUCCAAAGUGUGGAAGUCGACCCUGCCGAGCCUGGGGGUGACCACCCCCCAGACGCUGAAGCUGCAUGCAGUGACCCAUGUCAUCGAGGAGAAGGGCGUGAAGCUGAAGCUGACAGUGAUUGACACGCCCGGCUUUGGGGACCAGAUCAACAACGACAAGUGCUGGGACCCCAUCCUGGGCUACAUCAACGCGCAGUACGAGCGGUUCCUGCAGGAGGAGCUGCUCAUCACCCGCCAGCGCCACAUCCCAGACUCCCGCGUGCACUGCUGCGUGUACUUCGUGCCGCCCACCGGGCACUGCCUGCGGCCCCUGGACAUUGAGUUCCUGCAGCGGCUAUGCCGGACGGUGAAUGUGGUGCCCGUGAUCGCCCGGGCGGACAGCCUGACCAUUGAGGAGCGAGAGGCCUUCAGGACCAGGAUCCAGCAAAACCUAAGGAGUCACUGCAUCGACGUGUAUCCACAGAAGUGCUUUGACGAGGACGUCAACGACAGGAUCCUCAACAGCAAGAUCCGGGACCGGAUCCCCUUUGCUGUGGUUGGGGCUGACCGAGAGCACCUGGUGAACGGGAAGUGUGUCCUGGGCCGGAAGACCAAGUGGGGCAUCAUUGAAGUGGAGAACAUGGCGCACUGCGAGUUCCCUCUCCUGAGAGAUCUUCUCAUCCGCUCCCACCUGCAGGACCUGAAGGACAUCACCCACAAUGUCCACUACGAGAACUACCGCGUCGUCAGGCUCAAUGAGAGCCACCUGCUGCCCCGCGGGCCGGGCUGGGUGAACCUGGCCCCUGCCUCUGAGGGUCAGCUGUCCAGCCCUGGGCCCUUCAAAGUCUGCAGGGUUCAGGACAAUUCUGAGGACGAGUUCUGA